AUGGCAGAAGAGGGACAAGUGAUCGGUGUUCACAGCGUGGAGGCAUGGAAGGAACAGCUCCAGAAGGGAAAUGCCUCUAAGAAACUGAUUGUGGUUGAUUUCACUGCUUCUUGGUGCGGCCCAUGCCGUUUCAUUGCUCCAAUUUUGGCAGAGAUUGCUAAAAAGCUUCCACAUGUCACCUUCCUUAAGGUUGAUGUUGAUGAAUUGAAGACUGUUUCCGAGGAGUGGGGAAUUGAAGCUAUGCCAACAUUCCUGUUCUUCAAAGAAGGAAAAGUUGUGGACAAAGUUGUGGGUGCUAAGAAGGAGGAGCUGCUAUUGACAAUUAACAAGCAUGCAGCUGUUGCUAGUGCUUGA